GGAGAAAAAGAUGUUAAAAUUACCAUUGAUCAAGGAAUAGCCGGUCAAGUGGUUAUCUCAGGCCAGGUAAUGAAUGUACAUGAUACUUAUAAAGAUCCAGCAUUUUAUCGCAGACUUGAUGAAGAUUCUGGAUUUAAGACAAGGAAUAUGCUGUGUGUUCCCAUUCUUAGCCAGGGAGAGGUGAUAGCCGUAGCACAACUCUGCAACAAAAUAGAUUUUCCUCACUUCACCAAAUUUGAUGAAGAAAUUGCUGGCCCAUUUGCAAGCUACUGUGGCAUUUGUAUUCAACACACUAUGUUGUACGAGAAGAUGGUCAUUGCAAAAGCGCGUCAGAAGUUAACCAAUGAAUUAAUGAUGUUCCACAUGAAACAGAAG